AUGGCUGAGGCCAGUAUUUUAGUCGAUCAGAAUCAGUUCGUCUGUCCAGUGUGUCUGAAUCUCCUGAAGGACCCGAUGACUAUCCCCUGUGGUCACAGUUACUGUAAGGUGUGUAUUAAUGGCUGCUGGGAUCAGGAGGAUCAGAAGGGCGUCUACAGCUGUCCUCAGUGCAGAGACACUUUCACUCCAAGGCCUGUUCUACGCAGAAACAACAUGCUGGCUGAAGUGGUGGAGAAACUGAAGAAGACUGAAGUCCAAGCUGCUUCUCCUGCUCACUGUUACACUGGACCUGGAGAUGUGGAGUGUGAUUUCUGCAACGGGAGAAAACACAAAGCUGUCAAGUCCUGUCUGAUGUGUCUGGCAUCCUUUUGUGAAACUCAUCUGAAACCUCACUAUGAAGUUUCUGGAUUGAAUAAACACACAUUAAUUGAAGCUUCUGGAAAUCUACAAGAGAAGAUCUGCUCUGAACAUGAUAAAGUGCUGGAGAUCUACUGUCGUACUGAUCAAACCUUCAUCUGUUAUCUGUGUAUGAUGGAUGAACACAAAAGCCACGACACUGUCUCAGUUAAAGCUUACAGAACUGAGAAAGGGAGUGAGUUAAAGGAGGAGCAGAUGAAAUUCCAGCAGAGAAUCCAGGAGAAGCAGAAGAAGGUGCAGCCAGUUUGCUCACCUGACACUUUGAAGUAA